GCGCGCGCGGGCGGGCCCCGCGCAUGCGCAGCGCGCGCCGGCCGGCGGCGCGUGUGUUGUGGUGCGGCGGCGGCAAGAUGGCGGCGCCCGGGGGCUCGGCGGGCGCCGCGGCGCUGAGGGCGCUGGUCCAGCAGUUCACCGCCAUCACCGGUGCCAGCGAAAGCGUGGGGAAGCACAUGCUUGAAGCAUGCAACAACAACCUGGAGAUGGCUGUCACCAUGUUCCUGGACGGAGGAGGGAUAGCAGAGGAGCCCAGCACCAGCUCGGCCGCGGUGUCUGCUGCCCGCCCGCACCCCGAGGAUGAAGUACGAGCUCCAAUUCCUCAAAAGCAGGAAAUCUUAGUAGAGCCUGAGCCCUUGUUUGGAGCUCCUAAAAGACGCAGACCUGCUCGCUCAAUAUUCGAUGGCUUUCGGGAUUUUCAGACAGAAACCAUCCGGCAGGAGCAGGAGCUCCGCAACGGAGGGGCCGUGGACAAGAAGCUGACGACGCUGGCAGAUCUCUUCAGACCUCCCAUUGACCUGAUGCACAAAGGCAGCUUUGAAACGGCCAAGGAGUGUGGUCAGAUGCAGAACAAGUGGCUCAUGAUAAACAUUCAGAAUGUGCAAGAUUUUGCCUGCCAGUGCCUCAACCGUGACGUGUGGAGCAACGAGGCUGUGAAGAACAUCAUCAGGGACCACUUCAUUUUUUGGCAGGUGUACCAUGACAGUGAGGAAGGCCAGCGGUACAUACAGUUUUAUAAAUUAGCAGACUUCCCUUAUGUCUCCAUCCUGGAUCCCAGGACAGGCCAGAAGCUCGUGGAGUGGCACCAGUUAGAUGUGACUUCCUUCCUGGACCAAGUGACCGGGUUCCUGAGCGAGCACGGCCAGCUGGACGGCCACUCCAGCAGCCCUCCCCAGAAGUGCUCCCGCUCAGAGAGCCUCAUCGAUGCCAGUGAGGACAGCCAGCUGGAAGCUGCCAUCAGAGCCUCGCUGCAGGAGACCCACUUUGAUUCCUCCCAGGCCAAGCAGGAGAGCAGGUCAGAUGAGGAGUCGGAGUCAGAGCUGUUUUCUGGAAGCGAGGAGUUCAUUUCUGUUUGUGGAUCUGAGGAGGAGGAGGAGACAGAGAUUCCAGCCAAGCUGAGGAAGUCUCCACACAAGGACUUGGGGCAUAAAAAAGAGGAGAGCCGGAGGCCUCAGCCUGAGCCCUCUGCAAGGACUGAGCCUGGGACAGCAUCAAACCACAGAGUGCUGCCCUGCAUCGAUGCAGGGGCACUGGAGGAGUCACCUGACAAGCCUGAAAGUACCUUCCGGGGCCUGGAUGUGAAUGGACCAAAGGCACAGCUGAUGCUGAGGUAUCCAGAUGGAAAGAGGGAACAAGUUUCACUGCCUGAACAAGCUAAACUUCUGGCCCUUGUGAAGCACGUGCAGUCCAAAGGAUACCCCAACGAGCGCUUCGAACUGCUCACCAACUUCCCUCGCAGGAAACUCUCCCACCUGGACUAUGAGAUCACGUUACAGGAGGCAGGCCUGUGUCCUCAAGAGACUGUCUUUGUGCAGGAAAGGAAUUAGCACUGUGGCCUGAGUUCUCCCAGCCUUCCUCCCUCUCCUCUUUGCCUGGGACAGGAGUCGUUCAAUAUGCAGUUAAGGGUCGUGGGAUUGCAGUGCUGGAACCAGGCAGCUGGCUGGCCCUUCCUUCUCCCUCCUCCUCUCUCUCCCUCCCUUCUCCCUCUCUAGUGACCAAAUGAGAGUGCUCAGAGUUUUAUUUUCUUCCUCAGCU